GACAGAGCCGUUCAUGGAGCGAGUGAGAGAGAUGCUUGGGCGAGCCGUUUUCGGGGGGAUUUAAGGGCACAGAUCUUAAAGUCGAAGUCGAAUGGAAGACUGGACAAGAGCGGACCGGCAGUGUGAAGGAAGACCCUGCAUGAGGAGACAGACAGACAGACAGUCUGACGGGGAAGCCAUUUUUUUAAUAUGAAACUCUCCAGGGCUUUCACUAACCUCUCAGUUCACUCCUCCGACAGGAACGCCGCGUACUCCCUUUUUAGAGCAGGAUUCUCUGCGACAUGGGGGCAGGAUGUGAGCUACGUGCGCAUCUAGGACUCAACGAGAUGAAAUGGAGAGCUCUCAAUGCACGGACCUUUUAAGUGAGAGCUCUUCUGACGGACCCCAGAGCUUCUCCUCCUUGCCGGAUAAAGUCCGGCUCAGAGACAACGUCCGAGGCCCGGACCUGCAGCCACAGCAGAGCAUGGGACUGAACGGGUUCUGCGGCCCGCCAGCGGGCACCGCCACGGCGGCGGAGCUGCUGGCCGACCUGGCCUCUAAAACGGUCUCCCCAGGGAUUAAGGCGGUGGAGAAACAGGUGAAGACCGGGCUGCCGCUGCAGAACGGCGGGGAGGCCUCGCCCGCCCUCACCAUCGAGGGCAGCUGCAGCAGCGGCUUGGCACAGACGCCCAACGGCCACCCGCAGAUGAGCGGCGCGGCCGAGACGCCAAACGGCGUCACGGCGCACUUCAAGAGGCCGCGGCCGCCAGAGAGCGGAGACAGAGCGGCGCACGGCAGCAGCGUGCUCCUGGUGAGGCGGGCGAACGGCGAGGCGCACUUCAGGCAGCUGCAGCACCUGCGGCGGAGGUGCGGCGAGAACGGCGACUCGGACUCACUGGCGUCAGCGGGGAUCGCGGGGUCGGCCCACGGACCGGCCGAGCCUCUGCCCCACGACUGCAAAAGGAGGAGGGCGGAGAGCGGCGAUCACAAUCCAGACACUAAAAUCAGGAAGGAGCUGGUGCUGGCGGACGACAGCCAGGACAGGAACCACGGCACGCACGCCAGCAACCGCAGAAUCAACCACAACGGCCACGGCGAAAGCCAGCCGGCAGCGAGCCCGACCCCAGGGCAGCGGCUGAGCGCAUCGCCCGUGGAGACCCCCGCCACCCCCGCCCCGGCCCUCACCACAGAGUGGUCCCCCGAGCGUAUCGCCCAGCAGUACAUCAUCCCCUGCAUGCGGCACUAUGGUAUCUGCGUGAAGGACAGCUUCCUGCAGGCGGAGCUGGCGGAGCGCGUGCUCGGAGAAGUGGAGACGCUGAGCCAGAGCGGGAAGUUCCGCGGCGGUCAGCUGGUCAGCCAGAGGACCAUCCCCUCGCGCAACAUACGCGGCGACCAAAUCGCCUGGGUGGAGGGCCAGGAGCCCGGCUGCGUGGGCAUCGGGGCGCUCAUGGCCCACAUCGACCAGGCGGUCAUGUUCAGCGCCACCAACGGACAGCUGGGCGACUACGUCAUUAAUGGCCGCACCAAGGCGAUGGUGGCCUGUUACCCUGGCAACGGAACGGGGUACGUGCGCCAUGUGGACAACCCCAAUGGUGACGGGCGCUGCAUCACAUGCAUCUACUAUCUCAACAAGAACUGGGACGUUAAGGUCCACGGCGGCCUGCUGCAAAUCUACCCUGAGGGUCGGGCGGUGGUCGCUAACAUCGAGCCGCUCUUCAACCGGCUGCUGAUCUUCUGGUCAGACCGCAGGAACCCCCACGAGGUCAGGCCUGCGUACACCACACGCUACGCCAUCACGGUCUGGUACUUCGACGCAAAGGAGCGGGCAGAUGCCAAAGAGAAGUACAGACUGGCAACCGGGCAGAAAGGUGUCCAAGUGCCUGUCACUCAAAGCAACAAGACCUAGCCCCAGGCUGGCUGGAGACAGCCAAUCUAUGGAAUGCAUUUGAAAUAUGUAUGUGCCUACCUGUGCUGCUACUGGAGAAAAUGUGGACACAUGACCAUCCUGCCCAUCCACCCUCUCCGCUCUUCUGGCUGCAGUCUCCGUGGAGACGUAUUGUGACGCGUGAUUUGGUCACUGAGUGAGAGGUGGCAUGGGCGGGGAAGAACUGGAGAGCAGCUGGAGGCAAAAAAUCGGCCACAGAGCUGUAAGCCAAGUACACAUAUUACGAUUGGUGGAAACCUGCAAGCGAGCAUGCUGGGAGUUGGCCUGACAGGUGUUUGACACGAGUGCUGCUACAGAAUCGGGAGGGUCGUUACUGGCACGCUACAGAAGUUUUGGAAUCGGGCACUUGGAAGUGUAUGUCUUUCAGCAAAUACAGAGACAUACAGUGCUGCCCUCCAGGCGCUGAUGCUGCCCUAGAGGGUUAUAAAGCACCUACCAUAACGCUAGCACAUGCAACUAAGUCACCACCAUUCAGUCAAGCUACAUUCUGUUUCUUCCCAGCUCUUACUGCCAGCUGGGUGUUUCCGGACAGAUUCAAUAAACCAUCUUGCCGCAAAUAAAUAAACUGCUCCUCGAACAGUUCUUUCCCAUGGAUAUUCUCACCUCAAUAUCCACAUCUUUUGUGUUAUACCUUUCUGAUCGCCCAACUCUUAUACUGCUUGCUACUCAGCUAGAAAAUAGAUUAUCGAAUGGUGACUUUUGUCAUUAGUUAAUGGCAGUCCCUCGCUGCAGUUGAAACCCAGCACUGAGCAGGAAUCUGCCUAUCAAGGCGCCUGACACUCAAGUUAAUGUCAGGAUUGGCACACUACACUGUCUAAGGUGCGUAGGUGAGGUGUCAUGGAAAACUUGUUAAAAGCUUACAAAACGGCUACAUCAAGAGCAGGGAUCGUAAUGUGUGUACUAGGCAACAGAAAGAAGCCUAUACACUGCUCAGUGGUUCCUGCAGGGCUGCUGCAGUACUGGCCAGAAAUGAUGUUUUUUUUUUCCAGUCAUAUUUUCCCCGUUAUCUCACACGUGAUCUACUCAGCCUACGAAAGUGAUGCAUAUCCUGCUCUUGUGCAUUCUGCUCGAAUUUCUCGGCCGCCCUGGUCUCCUGUCGCCACAGUUGUGGCCGGCCCCCGGCUACCGUGAAAUGGUUCCCAGCUGGGGGUGUGUGCCUCUUUUAAUUCUGUCGGUGGCUCAAUCAAUCCACUCCUCCCCCCACCCACCCCUGUUCCUUGGUUGAGAAACCCAGAAUGGCAUGAUACAGCGU